UGUUUCCUUUAUACGUCAUCUCAUGCGCGCCACCUAGAAGGGGAGGAAGAUGGCGGCCUUCGGUAUACUAAGCUACGAACACCGGCCGCUGAAAAGACCCCGGUUGGGACCGCCUGACGUCUACCCCCAGGACGCCAAACAGAAGGAGGAUGAGCUUACAGCGUUAAAUGUAAAGCAAGGAUUCAAUAACCAACCAGCUGUAUCAGGAGAUGAACAUGGCAGUGCUAAAAAUGUCAACUUUAACCCAGCCAAGAUUAGCUCCAAUUUCAGUAACAUCAUGGCAGAGAAGCUGCGUUGCAAUACCCUACCAGACACUGGACGAAGAAAGCCUCAAGUUAACCAGAAGGACAACUUCUGGCUUGUCACUGCUCGCUCCCAAAGCUCUAUUAAUAACUGGUUUACAGAUCUUGCAGGAACCAAACCUCUUACACAUCUUGCUAAAAAGGUUCCCAUUUUUGGGAAGAAGGAAGAGGUUUUUGGGUUUCUAGCACGCUAUUCUGUGCCAGUUAUGAGGGCAGCAUGGCUUAUUAAGAUGACAUGUGCUUAUUAUGCUGCCAUUACAGAAACCAAAGUGAAAAAAAGACAUGUCAUGGAUCCAUUUAUAGAGUGGACCCAAAUCAUUACUCGCUAUUUAUGGGAGCAGCUACAAAAGAUUGCAGAGUAUUACCGGCAAGUAACUAGUAGCUCUGGAUCCCCAACUGGACCUAUGCCUCCAGAGGUUGAGCUAUCCCUUAAACAGUGGGAAUAUAAUGAGAAACUAGCAAUGUUUAUGUUCCAGGAUGGGAUGUUGGAUAGACACGAGUUCUUGACAUGGGUCCUGGAAUGUUUUGAGAAGAUCCGUCCAGGAGAAGAUGAGCUAUUGAAGCUGCUGCUUCCUCUUCUUCUUCGUUAUUCUGGUUCUUUGGUCCAGUCUGCUUACCUGUCGCGACGGCUUGCCUAUUUUUGCACAAGGCGCUUAGCACAGCUGUUGGAAAGUAGUGGGGGACAUACAGGGCACCUGCUUUCAACACAAAGUGGUGCAGCUCUGCCUCCUGCACCUGCACCACCCCCACCCUCUGGAUCUGCUCCAUCCUCCCCAUUCAGUGAUCUCCUACAAUGCUCACAACAUCGGCCACUUGUGUUUGGGUUAAGCUGCAUGCUGCAGAGUAUUGUUCUGUGUUGUCCAAGUGCUCUUGUAUGGCAUUACUCUUUGACUGACAACCGAAUAAAGACUGGUUCACCUCUUGAUCAUCUUCCUAUUGCUCCUUCAAGUCUGCCCAUGCCAAGUGGCAAUUCUGUAUUCAUGCAGCAGGUCAGGAGGAAACUUCGGGAAAUGGAGCAGCAGAUAAAGGAACGUGGACGAGCAGUAGAGGUCCGAUGGUCAUUUGAUAAAUGCCAGGAAGCUACAGCAGGAUUUCCCAUUGGACGUGUUCUUCAUACUCUGGAGGUUCUGGAUAGCCACAGCUUUGAGAAGUCUGACUUUAGUAACAACUUAGACUCUCUUUAUAACCGCAUCUUUGGAUUGGGUCUUGGCAAGGAUGGUCAUGAGAUCUCACCAGAUGAUGAUGCUGUUGUUGCACUUUUAUGUGAGUGGGCUGUCAGCUGCAAGCGCUAUGGACAUCAUCGUGCCUUAGUUGUAGCUAAAUUGCUAGAGAAGAGGCAGAUGGAAAUUGAAGCUGAGAGAUGUGGUGACUCUGAAGCUGUUGAUGAAAAGGGAUCUGUGUCAUCGGGGUCACUGUCUGCGUUAAGUUCACCCCCUGUUUUCCAGGAUGUCCUUCUCCAGUUUCUUGAUACACAAGCCCCAGUUUUAACGGACCCUACAAAUGAGGGAGAACGAGUAGAAUUCUUUAAUCUGGUGUUGCUCUUUUGUGAGCUGAUCAGACAUGAUGUAUUUUCUCACAACAUGUAUAUGUGCACACUUAUAUCAAGAGGUGACCUGGGACUGGAUCCCCAUGCACCUCGACCCCGUUCUCCAUACGAGGAUCUGACAGAUGAUACAGACCGCAAAGAGGGAGAGACAAACAAUAGCAUAAAACUAGAGGACACAACACUUUCAGAAACCAUGGAUAUUGAUCACAGUUCAGGAGCUUUAUUUGAUGAUAUGGAGAAAAGUGAUUUUCAGAUGUUCUCACCUGCCAUGCGUUGUGAAGGACGUAGUCCAGGCCCUGAUGAGGGAGAGAGUGAAGGCCGUCGGCCAGUGAAGACUGCAAGUGGUAAUGGACUGUUGGCUUCACUUUAUGAUCAACCACGUCACAUUCAGUAUGCAACUCAUUUUCCUAUCCCACAGGAAGAAUCUUGUAGCCAUGAGUGCAACCAGCGAUUGGUUGUUCUGUUCGGAGUGGGCAGGCAAAGAGAUGAUGCUCGUCAUGUGAUCAAAAAGAUUACUAGAGAUAUUCUUAAGGUGCUGAACAGGAAAAGCACUGCAGAGACAGGGUCAAAUGAAGGACAACGUAGACGAAGGGUAAAACCUGAAGCUUUUCCUACAGCAGAAGAAAUUUUUCACAGGUUUCAGCAGCUCUCACACUUUGAUCAGCAUCAAGUUACAGCUCAGGUUUCUCGAAAUGUCCUGGAACAGAUUACAAGUUUUGCUUUGGGUUUAUCUUAUCAUCUUCCUCUGGUGCAACAUGUCCAGUUCAUCUUUGACCUGAUGGAAUAUUCUCUUAAUAUUAGUGGUCUCAUUGACUUUGCCAUUCAGUUGCUUAAUGAGCUGAGUGUUGUUGAAGCGGAACUCCUGCUUAAGUCUUCUGACCUUGUUGGUAGUUACACAAUGGGACUGUGUUUGUGCAUUGUGGCUGUCCUAAGACAUUAUAACACCUGUCUAAUUCUGAACCAGGAGCAGACGGCACAGGUUUUUGAAGGUCUGUGUGGAGUGGUGAAACAUGGUAUGAACCGGUCAGAUGGUUCUUCUGCUGAACGUUGUAUUCUUGCGUAUUUGUAUGACUUAUACAUGUCUUGCAGUCAUCUUAAAAGCAAAUAUGGAGAACUAUUUAGUGAUUUCUGCUCCAAAGUAAAGAACACUAUUUACUGUAUAGUGGAUCCAUCUGACUCAAACAUGUUGUGGGAACAGGAGUUUAUGUUAGAAACCAUCUCUAAUCCGACUGAACAUAAUUAUAACUUUGGCAUGCUUGGAAAGCUUUUGAGAGAUUCUCCUACCAAUCGCUAUAGCUUUGUGUGCAAUGCACUUGUACAUGUGUGUGCUGGAGACCAUGACACUGAUGGAAUUAAUGACAUUGCUAUUCUGUGUGCUGAGUUGACUGGAUCCUGCAAAGAUCUGAGCUCUGAAUGGCUUGGUGUUUUGAAAGCUCUGUGCUGCUCAUCUAAUAAUGGAACCUGUGGCUUCAAUGACUUGCUGUGUAAUGUAGAUGUCAGUGACUUGUCUUUCCAUGAUUCGCUUGCAACAUUUGUUGCAAUUCUUGUUGCUCGUCAGUGUUUUCCACUUGAGGAUCUUAUCCGUUGUGCAGCCAUACCAUCCCUUCUUACAGCAGCAUGUAGUGAGCAGGAUUCUGAAUCUGGAGCGCGUCUCACUUGCCGUAUUUUGCUUCAUCUGUUUAGAACUCCUCAGCUAAAUCCAUAUGAACCCGACAGCAAUAAAGCAACAUUUGGAAUUCGUUCUUCUUGUGACCGUCAUCUUCUAGCAGCAUCUCAGAAUCGCAUAGUACCAGGAGCGCUUUUUGCAGUGCUUAAAGCAAUAUUUAUGUUGGGUGAUGCAGAGUUGCAAGGCUCUGGCUUUUCAUUACCUGCCGGUACAGAUGAUAUUGCUGAUGAAGAUUUAGCAUCAAACAGGGCAGGUGGACGGUCUGUAUCCAUAGAGACUGCAAGUUUAGAUGUGUAUGCCAAAUAUGUUUUACGCAGCAUCUGCCAACAGGAAUGGGUAGGGGAGAGAUGUGUUCGCUCCCUAUGUGAAGACUCUAUUGAUCUUCAGGACCCGGUUCUUAGCAGUGCCCAGGCACAACGUCUGAUGCAGUUGAUUUGUUAUCCACACAGACUAAGUGAUGCAGAGCAAGGAGACAAUCCUCAAAGACAACGCAUCAAACAUAUCUUACAGAGCCUAGAUCAGUGGACAAUGCGUCAAUCAGCACUGGAGCUUCAGCUGAUGAUCAAACAGACAUCUAAUAAUGAAAUUAAUUCACUAUUGGAAAAUAUUGCUAAAGCUACGAUUGAAGUAUUCCAACAAUCAGCAGAAAAUGUCUGUUCAACUCCGGCUAACACUGCACCCCCUAACAAUAUCCCAAGUAGCAAUGCAACUCCCAAUGCUAAAUCUAAGCCUGUGCUCAGUGCUUUGGAGAGGUCUGGUGUUUGGCUUGUAGCUCCACUGAUUGCCAAGCUGCCAACAUCUGUUCAAGGUCAUGUUCUCAAAGCAGCUGGGGAGGAGCUGGAGAAAGGACAACAUCUUGGAUCAUCUUCUCGUAAGGAGCGUGACCGCCAAAAGCAGAAAAGUAUGUCUCUACUCAGUCAGCAACCAUUUUUAUCAUUGGUGUUAACCUGUUUAAAGGGGCAAGAUGAACAGAGGGAGGGGCUGUUGACUUCUUUGUACAGUCAGGUGCAACAAAUUGUUAGCAACUGGCGAGAUGAUCAGUAUCAAGAUGACUGUAAAACUCCUCAGCUUCUUCAUGAUGUAUUAAAGCUCAGGUUGAACUUGGUCGGUGGAAUGUUUGAUACUGUUCAGCGCAGCACUUUACAGACAACAGAGUGGGCAGUACUUCUUCUGGAUAUUAUAAGCAGUGGCACUGUGGACAUGCAGUCUAAUAAUGAGCUUUUCACCACUGUCCUGGACAUGCUGAGUGUGCUUAUUAAUGGAACUUUGGCUGCUGAUAUGUCGAGUAUCUCACAAGGCAGCAUGGAAGAGAACAAAAGGGCAUAUAUGAAUUUAGUGAAAAAGCUCAGGAAAGAGUUAGGUGACCGACAGUCAGAAAGUUUGGAGAAAGUACGCCAGCUGUUGCCCUUACCAAAGCAGACGCGGGAUGUAAUAACUUGUGAACCUCAGGGAUCUCUCAUUGACACCAAAGGAAACAAGAUUGCUGGUUUUGACUCUAUCUUCAAAAAAGAGGGACUUCAAGUCUCCACUAAGCAGAAAAUUUCCCCUUGGGACCUUUUUGAAGGCCUAAAACAAUCUGCUCCUCUUUCCUGGGGAUGGUUUGGUACAGUGCGUGUAGACAGACGUGUUUCUCGGUUGGAGGAGCAACAGAGAUUACUUUUGUAUCAUACACACUUAAAGCCUAAGCCACGCAAUUACUAUUUGGAGCCAUUGUCUCUUCCUCCUGAAGAUGAGGAGCCACCAACACCAACUAGUAGUGAGCCAGACAAGAAGCUCAGUGAGCCACUUAAGGUGGAUAAGAGUGGAGGAGGCACAGGUGCAAGUGAUGAAAAAAGGAAUAAAGGCAAGAAAAACAAGAAGGCUCGCCAACCAGCAAACAAAGGAGAGGAUUAUGGGCUUGGAGGAGGACGUUCAAUUCCUUACCAAAUGGGAGUUCCCACUGACCUUCUACACCCCCAAGGAGCUGGGUCUAUGUCUCGUUUGCCUUAUGGAGCACAGAGUGUGUAUACACAGAAUCAACCCUUACCUCCUGGUGGGCCUCGUUUGGACCCAUACCGACCUCCUCGUAUGAAUAUGGUAAAGGUGGUUCAGACGCGACCUCCGUAUGGUGGUGGUGUCCCACCAGGCGUAGGGGGCAUGAUGGAUCCUUACAAGCCUAUAAUGUACAGACAACAGCCUCCUAUUCCCCAGGGUCAAUUACUAAGACAGCAUCUUCAGGCAAAAUUGCAGACACAGGGUAUGAUGACUCAACCUAUUCGACAGAUGACUCCAACCCCCCCAUAUGGAUCUAUGCAGCCCUCCCAGGGUUAUACAACAUACACUUCCCUGCCCAUGCAACAGCAUCCUCCUCAAUCGCAAACAAGUGGUUUAGGGGCAUCUACAUACAAUACACAGUCAUAUCCCAAUACUCUUCCACCAUCCAGUGGAACACUUCUUGAGUCUGUGCGACAGAUGCCGCAAAGGCCAAGUGGUUAUGUCCAUCAGCAGGCAUCUGGUUAUAGUCAUAAUCCCCAAACAGGACAGAGAUUUCCACACCAACAAAUGCAACAGGCAGGUAUGAUGACUGGAAUGGGUCAUAUGACUGCACAAAAUGUACCAGGUACAAUACGGCCCACUCAGAUGUUACCAGACAAACAGCAGUAUUUGAGGCAGCAACAACUUUUACGGCAGCAGCAGCAGCAGCAGCAACAAGCUCAGGCCCCUCCUCAGCCCCAAGCCCCUCCUCAACCACAGCCACCACCUCAGCAGGUAGCAGCAGUACCACAGGCCCAGCCACAAGGACAGCCCCCAGGACUUGGCAUGCAGACACUGGCUCCACAGCAGCCUAUGUUUCCAAGGCAAGGCCUCCAGCAAACUCAGCAGCAGCAACAGACAGCAGCUCUUGUAAGACAACUACAACAGCAGCUAUCCAACACACAACCACAGCAAGCUUCCAAUCCAUUUGGGCGUUUCUGAUUUAUGGCUCCUAGCCUAUUGGUGAUGUUUUGGCUUCCUCCUGAGACAGAAGACAGACCUGUGAAACUGAAUAAAGCCAAGUAGUGUUAUUGAACUGCUGUGAAGGAGAAAGACAGUGACUAGGUGUCAUGGCACAUGAAAUUAGUAAACCUGGACUCUUGUAUAUCAUUGAGGGGGGGACCAGAUUGCCACAUUGCUCCCCUUAAAUUAAGAGCAAGGGCUUUUAAGUCUUGUGGAUCUUUUACCUUUCGGAAAAAAAAAGAAAAAAAAAAGUUUUUAUUAUUUUGAUAAUCAAAUGAUUAAAUUGUCAUUUUCUAAUCUAUUUAUAUGGCAACCUGAUCUCAGGCACAUGUAUGAACGUGGUAACUCUUUCCCCAUUCCUGUAAGCAGCUAAUUAUAGACUCUAAAAUGCCCUAAAUGACUGUGUGUGUGUGUGUGUGUGUGUGUGUGUGUGUGUGUGUGUGUGUAUGUGUAUGUAUGUAUAUAUAUAUAUGAUCUAUAUAGAUGUUUUUCAAUUGGUGGCACACAUAACUGAUUGGUAUUUUAAUUGCUUUCAUGAUGAAAUUAGACCUUCCCCUCAAUAUUUUGUUUUGGUAUUUAUAUGCACACACCAUUUGAUAAUUUUUUUUAUUAUUAUUUCUUUUUGCGUACGUGCCUAAAGUAGGAGUUCAUACCUUCCUCAUAGCGGUCACUGUCAUCACGACAUUCAGAAAAGCAACUAUACUUUGUUUUUAUUACUAGAUUUCUCAUUUUGUUUCUGCACCACUUGAAGCAGUUGGAAAAAUUGGCAUUGUUGAAAUUAAAGAAAAUCACAUGCCAAUAUAAAUUUAAAAAUAUUCUACUCAAAAUACUUUUAGUUUAAGCUAUAUUGGGCUGUUGGGUCUCGAGCUGCAUUUUUUAUAUAUAUAUAGACCUGCAAAUAUUUGAUUUGCAUUUAAAUAGUAAACAAUGAUACAGUAUAUAUUAUUUGACAAACAAAUUAUUUAUUGACUUUGCAGAAAUUUAUUAAAACGAAAUACUUAAAUUAAAUACCUUUAACCCU